CCGAGCGCCCCGCGACUGGACGGGGGCCCGCCGCCAUGGGCCCCCGGAGCCCGGCCUGAGCGGCGAGAUGCUGCCGUGAUCUGCCCGCCCCGCCGCGACCCCGCUGCCGUCCCCUGGUCCUUCCGUGCUCAGGCCCCUCUCACCACUGCCCGCCACCAUGUCCACCUCGUCGCUGCGGCGCCAGAUGAAGAACAUUGUGCACAACUACUCCGAGGCCGAGAUCAAGGUCCGUGAGGCCACGAGCAACGACCCCUGGGGCCCGUCCAGCUCCCUCAUGUCCGAGAUCGCCGACCUCACCUACAACGUGGUCGCCUUCUCCGAGAUCAUGAGCAUGAUCUGGAAGCGGCUCAACGACCACGGCAAGAACUGGCGGCAUGUCUACAAGGCCAUGACGCUGAUGGAGUACCUCAUCAAGACCGGCUCGGAGCGCGUGGCGCAGCAGUGCAAGGAGAACAUGUACGCGGUGCAGACACUCAAGGACUUCCAGUACGUGGACCGCGAUGGCAAAGACCAGGGCGUGAACGUGCGGGAGAAGGCCAGGCAGCUGGUGGCACUGCUGAGGGACGAAGAGCGGCUGCGGGAGGAACGCGCGCACGCGCUGAAGACCAAGGAGAAGCUGGCGCAGACGGCCACAGCUUCCUCAGCAGCAGUGGGCUCGGGGCCCCCAGCCGAGGCGGAGCAGGCCUGGCCUCAGAGCAGUGGGGAGGAGGAGCUGCAACUGCAGCUGGCCUUGGCCAUGAGCAAGGAGGAGGCCGACCAGCCCCCGUCCUGUGGCCCCGAGGACGAUGUCCAGCUCCAGCUGGCCCUUAGUUUGAGCCGCGAGGAGCACGACAAGGAAGAGCGGAUCCGCCGGGGCGACGACCUGAGGCUGCAAAUGGCCAUCGAGGAGAGCAGAAGGGAGACGGGCCCGGGUGGCCAGGAGGAGUCGCUCAUGGACCUCGCGGACGUCUUCCCGGCCCCGGCUCCAGCCCCGGUCCCUGCUGCAGACCCAUGGGGGGCCCCAGCGCCUGGCACUGCCCCGUCUACAGACCCCUGGGCACCUGCAGUCCCGGCCACAGAUCCCUGGGGGGGGCCGGCCCCCACACCGGCCUCUGGGGACCCCUGGAGACCUGCCGCACCCACCGGGCCUCCAGUGGACCCCUGGGGGGCCACGCAGGCCCCCGCAUCGGGCGAGGGGCCCACAUCUGACCCGUGGGGGAGCUCGGACGGUGGGGCCCCUGCUGGUGGACCGCCUGCUUCCGACCCCUGGGCCCCAGCCCCAGCCUUCUCGGACCCCUGGGGGGGGUCCCCUGCCAAGCCCAGCACCAAUGGCACUGCAGCAACCAGCGGCUUUGAUGCGGAGCCUGAUGAGUUCUCUGACUUCGACCGGCUGCGCACGGCCCUGCCAGCGUCAGGGAGCAGCACAGGCGAGCUGGAGCUGCUGGCAGGGGAGGUGCCAGCCCACAGCCCUGGGGCCUUCGACAUGAGCGGAGUCGGGGGCUCCCUGGCCGAAUCUGUGGGGAGCCCCCCGCCCGCUGCCACCCCCACACCCCCCACACGGAAGACCCCCGAGUCCUUCUUGGGCCCCAACGCGGCGCUGGUGGACCUGGACUCUCUGGUGAGCCGGCCCGGGCCCGCAGCCUCGGGAAAGGCCUCCAACCCCUUCCUGCCGAGCGGAGCCCCAGCUGGCCCAGCCGUCACCAACCCCUUCCAGCCUGCACCCCCCGCCACGCUCACCCUCAACCAGCUCCGACUCAGCCCUGCGCCCGGAGCACCCCCUGCCUACAUCUCCCCCCUCGGUGGGGGCCCGGGCCUGCCCCCCAUGAUGCCCCCGGGCCCGCCAGCCCCCAACACUAACCCCUUCCUGCUCUAAGGCAGGCGGGAGGACGGCCCUGGACCUCAGUGUUGUGCGUGCAUGUGACGGGCCCCACACUACAGCCCCUCGGAGGGCGCUGCUGGCCAGGGGGCCUCCAGCCCCCCCACCCGCCAGCCCCGAUCAGUGUUCCACCCUCCCCUGCGCCCCUGGUGAACCCUCGGUAAUGAUUUUGGCAACUUCGGGAAUAAACAGCAAUUGUCAUGG